AUGUAAGAGUAAUAUACAAUAACUGAUUAAGCAUCUUUUUAAAAAAUUAUUGAAACAAAAGAUAGAGGUAUAUAAAUCGUUAUAAUUAGAAAUUGCAAACUUAAGAGAAAGUGUUAAUUCUUUAAACAAUUAGAUAUCAGAUUAUUUAAAAGAAUUAGAUUAAUGGAAAAAUAAGUAUAAAUAAUUACAAGCUGAAAAAGGAAUGAGUCGAAUUACAACUGUUAAUUAAGGCAACGAUUUUGAAAUUAAUAAAUAUAAAGAUGAGAUAAAUAAGUUAAAAUAGGAAAAUAAUGAAUAUAAGUUUAGAUUAGAAAGAAAUGUCAGUAGUAUAUCUAAAGAUUAAGAAGUUAAUUAGUUAAAAUAAUAGAUUAAAUAAUUAGAAGAAUAACUUAAAAAGACAUCAUUUAUUUCAUAUUAACCAAAUUAAGAAAUUUAUGAAUUAAAAGAUUAAAUUAAAUAAUUAACUUAAGAGAAAGAAGAUCUAACAAUAGCGAAGAAUUUAUUAAGUUAAAAGUUCUAAUAAUCAUAAAUAUAAAUAUAAUAAAACAGUUCAAAAUUAUCAUAUAAUAUAGAUUUAGAUCAAUUUAGAAAUGAAAGAGAUGAUUAUAAAAGAAGAAUUAAAUUAUUGGAAGAUAAAAUUUAAGAUUAAUAAUAAGAAAUAUAAAGAUUGAAUUUUAAUUGUGAAUAAUAUAUUUAAGAAAUCUAAUAAUCAAAUGUAAAAUCUUUUCAUAAAAAUUAAAAUGCUGAAAUUGAAAGUUAUUUAAAAAGAAUAUCUGCUUUGUAACAUGAAGUUUUAGUUUGGUAAGAUCGUUAUAAAGCUUCAUAAACUUAAGAAUAAGCUUAUGCGAUUGAACAAAAGGUUGCACAAAAAGAUAAUUAAAUUACCUAUCUUUAAGAAAGAAUUAGAUAAUAUGAAUUAUAAGUUGAUUAAUUAAAAUUAGAAGUUGAUAAAUCUAAAAAAGAAAUUAAUGGAUAUAGAAUUAGUUUUGAUAGUAGAAAAUCUGAUACAUAAGAGGUUGAUUCUUUAAAAAGAAAAAUUGCAGAGAUGGAAUAAGAUAUAUAAAUAUUGAUUUAAGAUUUAAAUGAAAGAGAUUAAAGAAUUAGUUCAACCUAAAAUUAAUAUUAAGAAGAGAUUAGAAUGUUGAAAAAUCAAAAUUAAAAUUAAUAUUAAUAAGAAAUGAAUUAAUUAAGAGAAGAGAAAAAUAAAUAUUAAUAAGAUUAUGAAAGAUUAUCUAAUGAAUUAAUGAUAUUUUAGAGAUAAAGUGAUCAAUAUCAAAACAAUACUUAAGAGCUAGAUUAAUUAAGAUAAAAAAUUAUUGAAUUAGAAUAAUAGUUGAGAAAUACAAACCAUUAAUAUUAAUUGCUAUUAAAUUAGAAUUCCAAUUUAUAAUCUUAAUUAUAAAAUUAGUAAUCAACAUAAUAAUCAUAAUUUUAACUAAUAAGUAUUAAAGAGGAAUAUUAAACUUUGUAAAAUUAAUAUAAAAUGAUUCAAUCUGAAAUCUAAUCUUAUAAAGAUCUUAUUAAAAAAUAUCAAAAUGAUCAAGAAAUAUUGAAUUAAGAAAAUUUGUAGUUAAAAUCUUAGAAAUCGUAAAUGGAGAAAAAUGUUUAUUAAUUCACUAAUAUAUAGAAUGAAUAUUAAACAAUAUAAGAAAGGUGUAGUUGGUAAUAAAAUGAAAUUUAAUAAUUGAAUGAGUAAGUUAGAAAAUAUAGAAAUGACUAUGAGUCGUUAAAUUAAAAUUAUAUAUUAUUAGAGAGAGAAAGUGAAAUUAAAUACACUUAAUAGAAUACUAAAGAACUUGAAGUAUUAAAAUAAAGGAUUAAUCAAUAUGAAUAACAUGUUUUUUAAUAUGAGUCUUAAAUUCAGUAGUUGAGAAUGUAAUUGUAAAAUUAAGAAUCUAAAUUUGAAUAAUCAUACUAAGAAAGAUUGAGAGCAGAAAUAUAAUUUGCUGAGUAAAAAUUUAAUCAGUAAGGACUUUUUGAAUUUUAAUCAUUAUAACAAGAAUAUAGAUCUUUAUAAAUCUAAUAUGAUCAAUUAUAAAUCAAAUAUUAAGAAUAAAAUGUUGAAUUAAGAUAAAUAAGAGAAUAAAUAAAUAGAUAAAGUUAAUUUGAUAGUUAAAAUUUAAGAGAUCAAUUAUAAUAAUUGAGAUAAAUUAAUUUAUAAUUGAAUUAAGAGAUUUCAAUUUUGAAAGAAUAAAGUCUUAAAUAUAAAAAUGAAUAUGAAUAAAUAAAUUAGAGAUUUAUUGUAAUAUAAAGAGAUUGUGAAACUUUUAAGAGUAGCUCUAUAGAAAUAGAUAGAUUAAGUAACAGAUUAAGGGAAUUAGAGUAUGAAUUAUAAGCUAAGAAUUAAUAAAUCAAUAAAUUACAAUUGGAAAUGCGCAAUUUAGAUAUAUAAAUUAGAGAUGAACUAGAAUAACAGUUUAUUUCUAGAUUAACUGUAGAGAGAUAAAAUUUAGAAAAUAGAUUGUAGUAAUAAAGCACUCAAGAAAUAUAAUAAUUGUCAUAUCAAUUGUAACAAACAAAAAUGGAACUGAAUUAGUAAAGAUCUAUGUAUUAAUAAUUAGAGUAGUAAUAUAAUUCAACAAAGAUUGAAAUAACAUAAAUAAGAUCUUAAUAAUCAAAUAUAAGUAAUGAUUAAGUUAAACGAUUGUAAUUAACAAUCACAGAAUAUGAACAUGAAAUUCAAACAUUAAAUAUAGAAAUUGAAAGAUAGAAAAACUUAAGAUAAGAAUAAGAGAAUAAAAUUUAAGUUUUAAUUACAAGUAUAACCGAUUAUGAAUCACGUUUACACAUUUUAGAAUAAGAAAAUGCAAGAUUAGAGAAUAAGAUUAAAAGAUAGAUUUUUACAGAAAAAUAGAACGAUUAAUUGAUUGUUAAUUAAUUAGUAGGACAAUAGAUUUCAGGAAUUUAGAAGAGCAAUAUUUAAAUUAUAACUAGAUAAUCUGGAAUGAAUUAAAUUUCUUAGAUUCCUACAUCUUACAACUAACAGAUAGAUAGAUUGUAAUCAUAAAAUGAAGUGAAAUAGUCCUAAGUUUCCUAAAGAAUAGUAAAUCUUCAGCCUUAGGUAUAAAACUAUUUAAGUCCCGAUAAAAAGUAAAAUUAACUAUUAUAUUUCAAUUAGUUAUUAAACGUAGAAAAUAAUGACAACUAAAAGUGUGAAAUAAGCUAUCAUGUCAUCAGCAAAUUAAUGA